AUGAACUCCAAAAAGAAAGGGAGCCCCGCACGGACCCAUUCCAUGAUGUCCCUGUCGGUGCGGCCGCAGCGCCGCCUGCUCAGCGCCCGGGUCAGUAGGAGCCAGUCCUUCGCCGGUGUCCUUGGCAGCCACGAACGGGGGCCCAGGAGCUUCCAGGUCUUCAGCCCUCCGGGGCCCCCACGGAAGCCGCCCGCGCUCUCCCGCGUGUCCAGGAUGUUUUCCGUAGCCCACCCGGCACCCAAGGUGCCGCAGCCCGAGCGUUUGGACCUGGUGUAUGCCGCACUCAAGAGAGGUCUGACGGCCUACCUGGAGGUACACCAGCAGGAGCAGGAGAAACUCCAGGGGCAGAUCAAGGAGUCCAAAAGGAAUUCACGCCUGGGCUUCCUGUAUGACUUGGACAAGCAAGUCAAGUCCAUCGAACGCUUCCUGCGACGACUCGAGUUCCAUGCCAGCAAGAUCGAUGAGCUCUAUGAGGCGUACUGUGUCCAGCGGCGCCUCCGUGACGGUGCCUACAACAUGGUCCGUGCCUACAGCACCGGGUCCCCAGGGAGCCGGGAGGCUCGGGACAGCCUGGCCGAGGCCUCCCGGGGGCAUCGCGAGUACACAGAGAGCAUGUGUGUGCUGGAGGGCGAGCUGGAGGCACAGCUGGGCGAGUUUCAUCUGCGGAUGAAAGGGCUGGCUGGCUUUGCCAGGCUAUGUGUGGGUGACCAGUAUGAGAUCUGUAUGAAAUAUGGGCGUCAGCGGUGGAAACUGCGGGGCCGCAUAGAGGGGAGCGGAAAGCAGGUGUGGGACAGCGAAGAAACCGUCUUUCUUCCUCUGCUCACGGAAUUCCUGUCUAUCAAGGUGACAGAACUGAAGGGCUUGGCCAAUCACGUGGUUGUGGGCAGUGUCUCCUGCGAGACCAAGGACCUAUUUGCUGCCCUGCCCCAGGUUGUGGCCGUGGACAUCAAUGACCUCGGUACCAUCAAGCUCAGCCUAGAAGUCACAUGGAGCCCCUUUGACAAGGAUGACCAGCCAUCUGCUGCUUCUACAGUCACCAAGGCCUCCACGGUCACCAAGCGCUUCUCCACCUACAGCCAGAGCCCACCAGACACUCCCUCGCUACGGGAGCAGGCCUUCUAUAACAUGCUGCGAAGGCAGGAGGAGCUGGAGAAUGGGACAGCAUGGUCUCUGUCGUCGGAAUCCUCAGACGACUCCUCCAGCCCACAGCUCUCAGGCGCUGCCCGCCAUUCGUCAGCCCCCAGGCCCCUGAGGCAGCAGCCUGAGCCCCUAUCCAUCCAGGUUGCCUUCCGUAGGCCCGAGGCCCCCAGUUCUAGGCCUGUGAAUGAGGAGGGCGCCGUGGCCCCAGCUCUGGCCAAUGGGCAUGCCCCCUACAGCCGGACUCUGAGCCACAUCAGUGAGGCCAGUGUGGAUGCUGCCUUGGCUGAGGCUUCCAUGGAGGCUGUGGGCCCAGAAAGCCUGACCCAGGGUCCAAGCCUGCCUGUACACCAAGAUCCCACCGCUGGGGACCACCCCAGCCCUGCUCCUCUGACCCCAGACUCUGGCCAUUCAGCCACAAGCCCCACCCUCAGUGCAUCAGACCCUGCUUCCAUACUUGCGGACUCUGCUGCAUCUACACACCCAGUCACGAUUCCCAAAGCCACAGACGCUGGCCCUUCAGAAGUGUCAGGCCCCACCUGCACCACUGCAGGCUCCACCUCUAGUGCAAGAAGCCCCACCCUUAGUGCUCCAAGCCACACUGUCACACCUGCUGGCUCUGACCACAAGCCCCCCACCUCGACCUUUAGCACUACAGGCCUGGACCUGAAUACCACAACCCCCAUCCAUCCCACUGCAAAGCCUACUCACACUACUGUAAGCUUCACCCCUCCUGCUGCAAGCCCUGCCCCCAGUGCUAUAGGCUCCACCCAGCCCACCAUAAGCCCUGCCCACUCUGCCAUAAACACCACCCAGAAUGCCACUGUGUUAACUCCUACCACUACAAGCUCUGCCCCCAGUACUGUAGGUCCCACCCUGCCUGCCACAAGCCCCACGCACUCUGCCAUAAGCUCCACCCAGAAUGUCAGUGUGUUAACUCCUGCCACUACAAGCUCUGCCCCUAGUGCUGUAGAUCCCACCCUGCCUACCACAAGCACCACCCACUCUGCUAUAAGCUCCACCCAGAAUGUCAGUUUAUUGACUCCUACCACUACAAGGUCUGCCCCCAAUGCUGGGGUGCCCACCAAACCCACCACAAGCUCCACCCAUUCUGUCAUAAGCCCCACCCAGAAUGCCACUGUGUUAACUCCUACCACUACAAGUCCUACUCCCAGUGCUGGGAGCCCAGCCCAGCCUACCACAGGCCCCACUCAGAAUGCUACUGUGUUAACUCCCACCACUACAGUCCCUACCCCUGAUGCUGGGAGCCCAACUCCGCCCACUACAAGCCCCACUGUUGUAUUGUCAAACCUGUCCACUUCUCCAGACCAUGCUCUGCUCCCCAGCUUCUCUGCACAUGCAGACCCGACCCUGUUGGACACGAGCUCUCUGCCCUGUGGUCAGCCAGUGUCUGCUCCUAGUGUUCAGGCAGACCCCACAACCCCCAGCACCUCCCACCCAAGUCCAAUCUGCUCUGAUUGGAAACCCCUCAUGAGCCCUGCUGCUGACACCCCUGAGCCCAUCUUGAGGACCCCAAGCACCCCUGUUUCACCCUCAGCCCCUGCACUCCAGCAUUCAGAACCUCGCCUGGCUCCGGCUGCCCAGGCCCCAGGCCCUGGGGAAGCUGGAGGGGCUGAGGACAGGAAAUUAGAGGAGGCCCUGGGCACCCUGACGGCUGCCCUAGAUGACUAUCGUGGCCAGUUCCCUGAGCUCCAGGGCCUGGAGCAAGAGGUGACCCGGCUGGAGAGUCUGCUUAUGCAGAGACAGGGCCUGACUCUCAGCCGUGCGUCCAGUCUCAGUAUCACUGUGGAGCAUGCCCUGGAGAGCUUCAGCUUUCUCAAUGAUGAUGAAGAGGAGGACAGUCAUGGUUCUGGGGACAGGCCCCCUGGCAGCCUGGAAGCUGGGGCUGAGGACAGCCCAGACUCACCUAGUGCUCGCCCCCUCAGCACAGGGUGUGCAGCCCUGGACACGGCCUUGGUCCAACACCUGUAUCACUGCAGUCGCCUCCUGCUGAAACUGGGCACAUUCGGGCCCCUGCGCUGCCAGGAGGCAUGGGCCCUGGAGCGGCUGCUGCGGGAGGCCCGGGUGCUGGAGGCCGUGUGUGGGCUCAGCAGGCUGUGGGAUGUCCCUAUCACCUGUGCCCAGGAAGUGGUGCAGUUCUCUACCUCUCGGCCCGGCUUCCUGCCCUUCUGGGACCAGUGCACAGAGGGACUUAGCCCCUUCAUCUGCCCUGUGGAGCGCGUGCUUCUCACCUUCUGUGGCCAACAUGGUGCUCGGCUCGCCCUGCGCCAGCCUGGCUUAGCUGAGGCUGUGUGUGUGAAGUUCUUGGAGGACGCCUUGGGACACAAGCUGCCUAGGAGGCCCCAGCCAGGCCCUGGGCAACAGCUCACCAUCUUCCAGUUCUGGAGCCACGUGGAGACCUUGGAGAGCCCCUCCCUCGAUGCCUAUGUGACUGAGACUGCUGAGGAAGUGUUACUUGUGCGCAAUCUGAACUCUGACGACCAGGCUGUUGUGCUGAAGGCCCUGAGGUUGGCUCCUGAGGGGAGGCUACGCGGGGAUGGGCUUCGGGCCCUCAGCUCAUUGCUCGUCCAUGGCAACAACAAGGUCAUGGCUGCUGUCAGUACCCAGCUCCGGAGCCUGUCAUUGGGCCCUGCUUUCCGGAAGAGGGCCCUCCUGUGCUUCCUCGACCAGUUGGAGGAUGAGGAUGUGCAGACCCGAGUGGCCGGCUGCCUGGCCCUCGGCUGUAUCAAGGCCCCUGAGGGCAUUGAGCCCCUGGUGUACCUGUGCCAAACAGAUACAGAAGCCGUGAGGGAAGCCGCCCGGCAGAGCCUGCAACAGUGCGGGGAGGAAGGUCAGUCGGCCCAUCGACGGCUGGAGGAGUCCCUGGACGCCCUGCCCCGCAUCUUUGGGCCCGGAAGCAUGGCCAGCACAGCGUUCUAGACUCCCCGCCCACCAGCUUGCCGGGCCCCUUCCUCCUAUUUUCAGGGCUUGCCAGGCACUGGCAGGGAGGGUGAGGGCUGGCUCCGGACACUCCUCCCCUACAGAUUGCUAUCAGUGAAAAAUCUAAUAUAUUCUCCCAUUGCCCCCAAGGGUUGGCAGAGAGGGUACCUGCAGUCAAGUGCCUCCCAGCUUCAGUGUGGCACGUCCCAGCCACCAUCAGUGACUGGGGCCCAGCACCCAGCCUCUGCCCUGCCACUUCCCAUGGUUUUGUAUUUUAUUUACAGAGUUUUACAGAAAAUAAUAAUUAAAAAAAAAAAAAGCCAAUUGCCUUUCCUA